UGGCGGGGGGCGGCGGGUCGGUGGCGGUGGCGCUGCUGGCGCUGGUUCUGGGCGCGGCGGGUCCGGGCCUGGGCCCCGGCCGGGCGUGGGCGGCGGGAGGCGGCGGCGGCGGCGGCCGGUACGAGGCCGGGCAGGAGGUGCCGCUCUACGUGAACAAGGUGGGGCCGUAUCACAACCCGCACGAAACGUACCACUACUACCAGCUGCCCGUGUGCCGGCCCGAGCGCGUCCGCCACCGCAGCCUCAGCCUCGGCGAGGUGCUCGACGGCGACCGCAUGGCCGAGAGCCUCUACCGCUUCGCCUUCCGCCGCGACCGGACGCGGCAGCGGCUCUGCGAGCUGCAGCUGGACGCGGAACAGAUCGAGGAGCUGAAGGAGGCGGUGGAGGAGCUGUACUACUUCGAGUUUGUGCUGGACGACAUCCCAAUCCGGGGCUUCGUUGGCUACCUGGAGGAGAGCACCUUCCUGCCCCACACCCACAAGGUGGGGCUGUGGACCCACCUGGACUUCCACGUGGAGUACAAUGGCGACCGGGUCAUCUACGCCAACGUCAGCGUCAGGGACGUCAAGCCCCAGAGCCUGGAUGAGCUGCGGCCACCGGCCACCAUCACCCACACCUACAGCGUGCGCUGGCACGAGACCAGCUUGCCCUACGAGCGGCGGGGCGAGCGGCUGAGGGACUCCGGCUUCUUCCCGCGCACCCUGGAGAUCCACUGGCUCUCCAUCAUCAACUCCAUGGUGCUGGUCUUCCUGCUCACCGGCUUCGUGCUGGUCAUUCUGAUGCGCGUGCUGCGCAACGACCUGGCCCGCUACAACCUGGAGGAGGAGGGCGGCGGUGGGCUAUCUGCCCGCGACGACUUCGAGCAGGCCGACAACGGCUGGAAGAUCAUCCACACUGACGUCUUCCGCUUCCCGCCCCACAAGAGCCUGCUCUGCUCUGUGCUGGGAGUCGGGACGCAGUUCCUCGCCCUGGGCACAGGAAUCAUCGCCAUGGCCCUCCUGGGCAUGUUCAACGUCCACCGGCACGGGGCCAUCAACUCUGCUGCCAUCGUGCUGUACGCUCUCACUUGCUGCGUGGCCGGCUACGUCUCCAGCAACUUCUACCGCAAGAUCGGCGGCGAGCGGUGGGUGUGGAACAUCGUCCUCACCACCAGUCUCUUCUCGGCUCCCUUCUUCCUGACCUGGAGCGUCAUCAACACAGUGCACUGGGCCAACGGAUCGACCCAGGCACUGCCGGCCACCACCAUCGUCCUGCUGCUCGCCGUCUGGCUGCUGGUGGGCUUCCCGCUGACCGUCAUCGGCGGCAUCCUUGGCAAGAACAGUGCCGCCGGCUUCGACGCCCCGUGCCGGACCAAGAACAUUGCCCGCGAGAUCCCGCCGCAGCCCUGGUAUAAAAGCGCACCAGUCCACAUGAUCAUCGGGGGCUUCCUGCCCUUCAGUGCCAUCUCAGUUGAACUGUACUACAUCUUUGCCACGGUGUGGGGCCGGGAGCAGUACACCCUCUACGGCAUCCUCUUCAUCGUCUUCGCCAUCCUGCUGAGUGUGAGCGCCUGCAUCUCCAUCGCCCUGACCUACUUCCAGCUGUCCGGCGAGGAUUACCGCUGGUGGUGGCGUUCUGUCUUCACCACCGGCUCCACCGGCUUCUUCAUGUUCCUCUACUCCAUCUUCUACUACUACAAGCGCUCCAAUAUGUCGGGGGCACUGCAGACCCUCGAGUUCUUCGGCUACUCCUUCCUCAUUUGCUAUGUCUUCUUCCUGAUGCUGGGCUCUGUUUCCUUCUUCGCCUCUCUCCAGUUCAUCCGGUACAUCUAUGUCAACCUGAAGAUGGACUGACUCCCCUACCAGAUUGCAGGUCGCCAGGCCAGAGCUGGGUGUUGCACUACAGAGCCAGGGACCAAGGACCUGGAGGAGCAGAAACUCUUCCUCUCACACUCUCUCUGCACCUUGUAAAAUAUGUAACAUUAUAAAUAAUUAUUAGAUGAGGGAUAUGAGAUUUUAUAUGAACUGUAAAUGGGGAUUUGUUUUGGUUUUUUUGUACAGCUGAGUGUCACUUUGUGGGCAGCUCAUUAAUCGUAUUUAUCACGUUUGUAUUGCUGCUGUUCCACCCCUCCCAUCCCGCUCCCUCUGCUGGGAAUUGUUUGCACAGAUCUGUCGGGACAGGUGCCAUUUUGUUUUCAUGAUUCAUUUUGUCUUGGGGAAUGUAAUUGCGUUGUUUGCUUUGUUCUCUCCUCCUCAUUGGAGUCUGCAUCUCCGGUUCAUUUGUAGAAAUGUUCUCUCCCCCCCCCCCCCCCCACCCCACUGUGAUAAAAACUUUCUUGCUGUUUG